CGGUUAGCAGCGGCUCUCCUCGGGAGGCGGCGCCGUGGUCCAUGAAUAUUGAUUACGCACCGGGGCCCCGUGCGCCCGCCCCUCUGGACUGCCGACGCUCGCAGCUCGCGCUCGGGCUCGCGAUGGGGAAGAAGUCCCGGGCGGUACCCGGCCGCAGGCCCAUCCUGCAGCUUUCUCCACCAGGUCCUCGGAGCAGCACGCCGGGCCGGGAUCCCGACCCCGACCCGGAUCCCGAGGCUGACUCGACAGCGGCCACCAACCAGGCAGCCCCGGCGGCUGCGACGGCGGCGGCCGCGACGUCGCCCGCGGUGCCUGCCGCCGCUGCCCCAGAGGACUCGCCUUCGGAAGAUGAACAGGAAGUGGUGGUGGAGGUUCCCAAAGUUGUUCAGAAUCCUCCCAAACCAGUCAUGACUACCAGACCCACCGCCGUCAAGGCAACAGGAGGUCUGUGCUUACUUGGUGCUUAUGCUGACAGUGAUGAUGAGGAGAGUGAUGUUUCUGAAAAAACAGCACAAUCCAAAGAGGCAAAUGGAAACCAGUCAACUGAUAUUGAUAGUACACUGGCCAACUUCCUCGCGGAAAUAGAUGCCAUAACUGCACCUCAACCUGCAGCUUCUGUGGUAGUUUCUGCCCCACCUCCAACUCCACCUCGACCAGAACCAAAGGAAACAGCAACACCUGCCCUUUCUUCCACCUCAUCAAAUGGAACAGACUCAGCCCAGACACCAGGGUGGCAUUAUGAUACCCAGUGUUCACUGGCAGGAGUUGGAAUUGAGAUGGGAGAUUGGCAAGAAGUUUGGGAUGAGAACACGGGUUGCUAUUAUUAUUGGAACACACAAACAAAUGAAGUGACUUGGGAGUUACCGCAGUAUCUUGCCACACAGGUGCAGGGAUUACAGCAUUACCAGCCCAGUUCUGUAACAGGUACUGAAGCUGGUUUUGUGGUAAAUACAGAUAUAUAUACAAAGGAGAAAACAAUUUCUGUUUCCAGUAAUAAAAGUGGACCAGUCAUAGCCAAAAGAGAAGUUAAAAAGGAAGUGAAUGAAGGGAUCCAGGCUCUGUCCAACAGUGAGGAGGAAAGGAAAGGGGUGGCGGCAGCACUGCUCGCUCCCUUACUGCCCGAGGGAGUGAAAGAGGAGGAAGAGAGAUGGAGAAGGAAAGUCAUUUGUAAAGAAGCAGAUCCAGGGACAGAGGUUAAGGAAACAAGCAUGGCAGCAGAAGAAACGGAGACGGCCAUAAAGGCACCGGAAGUCACACUGGACAGCCUGGAAGACCCCUGUCAGGAGGAUCUCUGCAGUGUUGUUCAGUCUGGAGAAAGUGAGGAGGAGGAAGAGCAGGACACCCUCGAGCUGGAGCUAGCUUUGGAAAGGAAAAAAGCAGAGUUACGAGCCUUGGAAGAAGGAGAUGGUAGUGUGUCAGGGUCUAGUCCACGUUCUGAUAUCAGCCAGCCAGCAUCUCAGGAUGGAAUGCGUAGACUUAUGUCUAAAAGAGGAAAAUGGAAGAUGUUUGUUCGAGCUACCAGUCCAGAAUCCACCAGCCGAAGUUCUAGUAAAACUGGACGAGAGACUCCAGAAAAUGGAGAAACUGCUAUUGGUGCGGAGAAUUCCGAAAAAAUAGAUGAAAAUUCAGACAAGGAGGCAGAAGUAGAAGAAUCUUCAGAGAAGAUGAAAGUCCAAAUAGCACCUAAAGUAGAAGAAGAACAGGAUUUGAAAUUCCAGAUUGGAGAACUGGCAAAUACCCUGACAAGUAAAUUUGAAUUCCUAGGAAUUAAUAGACAGUCCAUCUCCAACUUUCACAUGCUGCUUUUACAGACUGAGACUCGAAUUGCAGACUGGCGGGAAGGGGCUCUUAAUGGAAAUUACCUAAAACGAAAACUUCAGGAUGCCGCAGAGCAACUAAAACAGUAUGAAAUAAACGCCACUCCUAAAGGCUGGUCCUGCCACUGGGACAGGGAUCAUAGACGCUAUUUCUAUGUAAACGAACAGUCGGGCGAGUCUCAGUGGGAAUUCCCAGAUGGUGAGGAGGAAGAAGAAAGCCAAGCACAAGAAGUUAGAGAUGAGAGUCUUCCUAAGCCGACUGUGAAGGACAAAACCUGCACUGAUCCAAACUCUACAGAGUCCUCUGAGAAUCCCACAGGUUCUCUUUGUAAAGAAUCAUUUUCUGGUCAAGUUUCUCCAUCACUCAUGCCACUCACUCCAUUCUGGACCCUCCUUCAGUCAAAUGUACCUGUGCUUCAACCACCAUUACCUCUGGAAAUGCCACCACCCCCACCUCCACCCCCAGAAUCUCCUCCUCCUCCACCUCCACCUCCUCCUCCACCUCCUCCUUUAGAAGAUGGUGAGAUUCAGGAGGUAGAAAUGGAGGAUGAAGGAAGUGAGGAGCCUCCUGCCCCAGGAACAGAGGAGGACACUCCUUUGAAACCUUCAAUACAGACCACGGCUGUAACGAGCCAGAGUUCAGUUGAUUCUGCCACCUCUAGUCCUCCAUCCACUAAAGCAGUCAAGAGAAAGGCGGCAGAAAUGAGUACUGCAGUGGUCCAGAGGUCAGCUACCAUUGGUAGUUCUCCUGUUCUCUACAGCCAGUCAGCCGUAGCUGCAGGUCACCAGGCCAUGGGGGUUGCACACCAGGCUGUCAGCGGGAUGGCACAGCAAGCAGCAGCAGUCAGCCAUGCGGCGGCAGCAGCGGCGGCGGCAGGCCUGGGCCAUCAGGCCAGAGGGAUGAGUCUGCAGGCAAAUUACCUUGGCCUGGCAGCAGCGCCCGCAAUUCUGAGUUAUGCUGAAUGUCCUGUCCCCAUGGGAGUGACGGCUCCAUCAUUGCAGCCAGUUCAGGCUCGAGGGACGCCAGCAGCACCCGCCGCCGCCGUCGUGGACCCACCGCCGCCUCCACCCCCACCGCCCGCACCUACACCGCCACCGCCACCACCAGCUCCCAAAGUGCCACCGCCUGAGAAGACGAGGAAAGGAAAGAAAGAUAAAGCAAAGAAAAGUAAAACCAAAAUGCCAUCUUUGGUUAAGAAGUGGCAGAGCAUCCAGCGGGAGUUAGACGAGGAAGACAACUCAAGUUCCAGCGAGGAGGACCGGGAGUCCACAGCACAGAGGCGGAUCGAGGAGUGGAAGCAGCAGCAGCUUGUCAGUGGCUUGGCAGAAAGAAAUGCUAAUUUUGAAGCCCUUCCUGAGGAUUGGCGAGCAAGGCUGAAGAGAAGAAAAAUGGCUCCCAACACAUAGUUUUAAAUUAAAAAGAAUUUUUUUGUUUGUUUGUUUUAUGUUCAGAGUCUUACCCAGUUUUCAACAUUGUCAAAGGAACUGUAAAUGUUAGAAGGAGGAACAUACAUUUCCUGGGCAAGAACCCGUGCAUACAAAGUUGUCCGUUUAUGAAAUGUAGUUUUUCUGUUUGCUGAAGAUGAGGUGAUUAGAAUUGCUUUGCCCUGGCUGUCUCUUUUUACACUGGCAAACUUAGCAUGUUAGGUAUGAGUCAGUCUUGAGGAAGCUGUGCGUCAUGGGCAUGAAACUUCUGUGUAGGACUCGCUGGCAAAAAGGGCUUUUCUGCCCAGUAGAGGCUUGUUUAGUUCCUAGUGUGACACUCUCCUUACCGUCUACUCCAGAACAAGUGCAAUUAAGAAGGCAGCUCUGUAUCCUGUCUUGCUUGACCAUCAGGAUCUUUCUGACCUCCUCCUCGAGUCUGCUGCCCCUGAAGUGUUGAGAUCUGUGCUGAUGGCCACACUUUCUCAGAAGUCCUGCAACACUCAUUUACACCAAGUGGCAUGUUUAUAUACAGGCAGGAGUAGCAGCCGCAGGUACUCAGAUCCUUGAUUUUGAGAAAUUCCCCCUAAGUAUAUGGUAGUGAAAUAAGCCACUUUGUGUAUUGUCUUCAUUGUCUUACCCACUUCAAAAAUUCACCUUCCUUCUAUGUGUGAAUAUACUCUCCAUAAGAUUCCAGUAUUUAAGAAGCAAGAAGCAGUUCACUGUUGUAUAAUUUCUAUUGUAUCACAAUCAGGAAAGGUCACUUUAAACUGAGGAAAGAGCAGAUUGUGUCCUAACACUGUUUGUAUUUCUCCAGUUUCUGACAUUGUAAAUUUGUAUAUAUGCACUAAUAAAGCUCUUUUUAUACUUGC